AGGAGCGUCUUUAGUAUGACGGGUAAGCGGAAAUUUGAAUCGGGGUCUACAAAAAGAAAGAAUAGGUUGCGGAAAGAUUUGGUUAUACAGUCGUUUGCCGGCUCUAUGGAUCGAUUUGUAAAGACAAAUCCUUCUUCCUCAAAUAUUGUUGACAAUGACAAUACAAUCCCUGUCUCUGAGAAUGAGAAUAAUAGUGCAAAUAUUGGAGAGGAGAAUGAGAAUGUUAAUGCUCAUAGGGACAGUGUAAUUGUUGAUGAGGAAGAGAUUGUAGGUGAAGUCACUAUGCCCGAGAUAUUAGAUGAUUUCUUUGACCCGGGAAAUUGGAAAGCACCCAUAUCUCAAAGCCAAAUAGAUUUGUUGGUAGAGAGAGGUCCUAUAAGAAUAAGUGGUCUUCAAUAUCCCGUUGAUAGGAAAAGGAGUUUCAAUGACAAACUCUAUACUCGAUGCUUGGGAAAUGGGGAGAGAUAUGAUAGACCAUGGUUGGUUUACUCUUUGAUAAAAGAUAAAGUCUUUUGCUUUUGUUGUGUUUUAUUCAAAAAAAGUGUGCUGCUAAACCCUCUAACAAGUGUGGGUCAAGGCUAUAGUGAUUGGCACAACAUACAUUGUAGACUUGUAGAGCAUGAAAAGAGCUUUGAUCAUAUCCUUAGCAUGGAAGCAUGGAGGGAAGCGGAAAUGAGGUUAAAAAAAAAGGUAACAAUUGAUGCUUCCCGAGAAAUAGCUAUCAAUAAAGAGAAGGAGUAUUGGAGAGCUGUUUUAAAGAGGAUUAUGAUUGUUGUCAAGACUCUUGCUACUUGCAACAUAGCUUUCCGUGGCCAUAAGGAGAAGCUUUCUGAUGAAAAUAAUGGAAAUUUCUUGAGCAUUAUUAACAUGAUUGCAGAGUUUGAUCCUAUAAUGGAAGAGCAUCUCAGGAGAAUACGGAAGAAAGAGAUCCGAAAUCAUUAUCUUGGUCAUAAUAUACAAAAUGAGAUGAUACAACUUUUGUCAAAUGAAGUAAAAAAAAAAAAUCCUUCAAGUUGUUCGUAGUGCAAAGUACUUCUCUGUUAUUCUUGAUUGCACACCGGAUGUUAGUCAUGAUGAGCAAAUGACACUUGUGAUUCGAUGUAUAGAUGUGUCUACAAGCCCUAUAAGAGUUGAGGAGUUUUUCAUCACAUUUGUUAAAGUCAUUGAGACAACAGGUGAAGCCCUAUUUGACGAACUUAAAAAAUUGCUUGACACUCAUGAACUUGACUUUAAUAAUGUAAGGGGACAAGGUUAUGACAAUGGCUCAAACAUGAAGGGAGAUAACAAAGGGGUACAAGCUAGGGUGUUACGAGAAUAUCCUAGAGCAUUUUAUACUCCUUGUGGUUGCCAUUCUUUAAACCUCGCCCUUUGUGAUAUGGCUAUGAGUUGUGUACAAGCAAAAACAUUUUUUGGUGUGGUGCAACGCAUCUAUAAAUUAUUUUCAGGUUCAACCAAACGAUGGGAGGUUCUGAAGAUGUACCUUAAAGAUGGUGAUGGAAAUGGUCUCACUCUUAAAUCAUGGUCAGAUACACGUUGGGAAAGUCGUGUUGCUAGUGUUAGAGCUAUAAGGUUUCAAGGGCCGCAGAUACAACAAGCAUUAGAGCACUUGACCAAAUGUAGUAACGAUCCUAGCACUGUGAGUGAUGCAAAGUCCAUAUGUGAGUAUGAAAUGAACUUUGAUUUCCUUGUUGCUAUGGUAAUCUGGUACGAGAUACUCAACAAGGUAAACAAAGUUAGCAAAGUCCUCCAACAGAAAGAUAUGAUCAUCAGUUCAGCCAUUACUCUCUUGAAAGGUCUGAUUGCAUAUUUUAAAGAUUAUAGAGAAGAUGGAUUUGAGAAAGCCAAAGUUGAAGCUGAAAAAUUGGCGAUUGAAUUAAAUAUUCAACCCCAAUUUCGUGAAACACGAGUUCGUACCAAAAAGAGGUUUUUCGAUGAAAAUGCAAUGGACGAACCGAUAAAAUCAGCAGAAAGUGCAUUCAAGUUAACUUACUUCUUGUUUGUUGUUGAUAAUGCUAUAUCUUCACUUACUACUAGAUUUGAGCAGUUUCAAAAAUACGAGAAUACAUUUGGAUUCUUGUAUGACUUAAGUAAGUUGAAGGGACUUAGCGAUGAGCAAUUGAUGAGUUGUUGUGACACGCUUGGCAAUUUCUUGAAGCAUGAGGACAAUUGUGAUAUUGAUGUAGUUGAGCUGUUUUCGGAACUACAGUUGCUUGGAAAAUCUUUACCGGACUGCACAACAAAAGUGAUUGAAGUGUUGGAGUACAUAAAAGAUAUGCAUAUUUCUUUUCCAAAUGCUUGGAUUGCUUACAGGAUUUUGUUGACCAUUCCGGUGACAGUGGCUACUGCAGAAAGAAGCUUUUCAAAGUUGAAGCUUAUAAAAAACUAUCUACGAUCAACCAUGUCGGAAGAUAGAUUAAGUGGCUUAGCUAUUUUAUCGAUUGAAAAAAAAGUAUUAGCUACUCUUGAUUGUAGUGAUGUUAUUACUGAUUUUGCACUUCAAAAGGCAAGAAGAAUAGGCCAAUAGGGUGUUACAUGUACAAGUUUGUGAUGUAUUUUGCAUACAUUUGUACUAUUGCCUUUAAAACUUAUCCUUUUGAAUAUUAAAAAUAUUAUAUCGUACACUUUGAAUAUGUUUCUUUCUAUAUGCUGUUUUUUU